ACUGGGUGAUAUAUACUCCUCCACAUUAUAGCACAGGCCACAGUGCAUCAGCACCAUUUGAAGCAGAGACAAUGAAGUUGCAAACGCAACUACUACUCUUGGCUUUCAUCACCGCAGGGCUGAUCAUGAGCCGCGGCGUCCUCGCCGGCGGCACCCACACGAUGCCGGUGCGCGCGCUACGCCGCGUCGAGGACGAGGACGUGGGAUUUCUGGAGUGUGAGGAGGCGGCGUACCCGCGGAGGAGGGUGCUUUACGGCGACCAGUACAUCAGCUACAAAGGGGUGCAGGCGAGCAGGCCGGCGUGCUCCGGCUCCUGCUCUGGCCGGGGGCAGCCCUACACCGGUAGCGGCUGCCAGGCCAUCUUCGGCUGCCGCGGGCGUUAAUUAUCUAGAAGGUACUACGAUUCCUAUUUGCUUCCCUGGCCAAGAAGCUGCGUGGAGAUUAUGAAAUGUGGUUACCGUAUAAGCUCAAGUGGUUAUACAUGUAUUUGUGUUGUUCUUGAUUGUAAUUUUUCUUUUGGCUGGUGUUUUCUUGUGCUAAGGCUAGUGCUAUGCUGUCUAUUUAGGCUUGUUGGUGUUUAUGUGGUUUGUAUUAUGAUCCUUAUACUAAAUUAAGGAGAUGUAUUACCAUGAAAAAAGAGAGAAGAAAUGCUUGCCAUGUGAAUAAUAAUGUGUUUGGGUGAAUUUAA